AUGGUGUGACCACAAUGGCCGGCAUUCUAUUCGUGCUGGCAGGGAUUGCUACGUCCGUCCCCAACAAGCGAAACAGAGUUGCUGACUGGCCAGAUGAGCAGGACAAUGGGCGGCAGACACAAACCACGAUACCCCCUGUUCCUCCUUCCCAGGAUACAGACGAAAAUGUAUGCUGUGUUUGCCUGGAAGACACUGUAAACGCGGCGUUUCUGGAUUGUGGACACACGAGUUGCUGUUACAAUUGUGCCAACAACCUUAAACGUUCCACCAAGAUCUGUCCGAUAUGUCGACAGACCAUCAGAGACGUCGUCAGGAUAUACAGAACCUGA